AUGGGCAGACGACGGCAUAAAAACAUCAUAGAUGAUGGUGGGAUGAGUGAAAGUGAUGAGAGCGGAAGCGACGGAUACUCUAAUCGAAACCGUCGAUACGGAGACGGAGACGGAGACUAUGAUAUAAGUGCAGAUUUAAACGACGAAGCCAUGCUGACAGAUCCAUCUAGACAUGUGCACAAGCAUGGUAGAUCAAAGGAAGAUACGAUCUAUGGAGUUUUUGCUGCUGGAAAUUCAUCUUUGAAUAACGACUUUAGCCAUGGCGGUUCAUCUCGGAGACGCAGUCAUAAUAAUGCAUCCAUAUCGUUUGUCAAGGCAGAUGUCUUGGACAUGGAUAUAGAUCAAAACGAAGCUGAUCAAAAAAACAUGGAGUCCGAUAGCGAUUCGUCUUCUAGCACAAGUUCUGAUGAUCGACGGAAGGGCAUGAACACUUCAGACGGUGAUGAUUCUGAUGACAAUGAAAAAAUGUCUGAUCGACAAAGGCGAGUGCAUAGAGGUGACUCGGACUACAUUGAAGAGGAUCAGGAAGAUGAAGAUGACGAUCGUCCUUCAUUUGGCGGACUUGGACUUGUCAAACCUAAUACCUUGCUAGCCCAAAAUAUCAGCGGAUCUACAGCAUCAAGCACUGUACGAAUCACAAAAAAAGCUACAUCAAAUGGUGAAAUCAGUCAUUCCAGCUUAGGGAAUUUUUCAAAUGAACCAGCAACUCACGGAUCUCGGAAAACCAAAGAGAUGUUAGUCAAGCCAUCUACUAAACCAAAUCAGUUGUCGCAUACAGGAUCUCAAAUUGGAAACGCCAAGACCUCGAUCAAACCAGCGAAAUAUUCCAAGCCUGACGCUAAUUUUGCAACAUUUGAGCGUCAUACUAAAGGAUUUGGAUCAAAGAUGCUUGCCAAAAUGGGAUAUGUUCCAGGUACGGGUCUUGGAGCCAACCGUGUUGGCAUCAUAGCUCCAAUUGAUGUUAAACUUAGACCAAGUGGUAUGGGUUUGGGUCAUGGUGGAUUUGAUGAGCGCACAGAGACAGUCAAGCGAGAAAAAGAUGAACAAAUUAGGGAUGAUAAAGGUAAUGACGUAGAUCAACAACUAUGGAAAAAAGGAGCCAAAAAAGACAAGCAAGAUGGAUGGAAACGAAAUGAGGGAACUACACGCAAGUCGACAAAACCACGAUUUAAAACUGCUCAAGAUCUUUUGCAAGAGCAUGAUGGACUGAUUGGCAAUGAAGUGAUUUCACUUGUACAACCAACCAAAAUUAUUGACAUGACAAGCAAGCAAGCUCGGGUUUUGUCAAAUAUAUCAGAGGCAUCCCAAAAGGCUAUUAAUGGACCAGAUAUGUCGGGAAGACUUCCUGAAUUGCGUCAUAACCUACUUUUGAUCAAGGAUUUGGCACAAUCAGACCUGCUUUAUGUAUCGCGAAAGAAACAUCACGAGAGUACGCUAGAAACCCGUCAAAGAUCAGACGCGAAUGCACUUGAAGCACUUCUCAAGGAUGAAAGGACUCGAUUAGAGCGUCUUGGACGGAUACGAGAACUUGUUGGUCAAUGUAGAGCUAUUUCAAUUUCGAAUCCUGUUUGUGUUGAGAAUCCACACGAUGGCAAAGACAGUCAUUUGAUAACAGCUGAGCAACUUUAUAAGCCAGUGUUUGAGGAAAUGCAGAAAAACUAUAUGCCAGAGUACAAAACUCUUGGACUGGAUGGUUUAAUAGUUGCUACUCUAAUGCCUUGGUUCAAGGCUAUGCUUUGUAACUGGUCCGUUCUUGAAAAUCCUACUUUUGGUGCAGAUGUUGUUAAGCGAUGGAAAAGAUUUCUAGUGAUGGAUGGUUCCGAGUGUUCCAAUUCAGCUACAAAACUUGGAGAAAUGCAUUUGGAGACAAGUAUGGGUGAAGAUCGUAAUACAAUGGCACCAUUUGAAUCGAUGCUGUAUACUAUUUGGCUUCCCAAAGUUCGACAGGCUAUCAACAACGACUGGAAUGUAUAUCAACCUGACUCGCUUGUGGCAUUUUUUGAAGCAUGGAACUCUUGUUUAGACACCAAUAUGUACUGGUCUGAAUCAUCACAGAGCUCUGUAUCUAUUUUACCAACCUGGUUAUUCCAAAACAUUGCAUGCCAGCUUGUAAUUCCUAAACUUAAACGAGCGGUAGAUAUGUGGGAGCCACAUCGAGAUAAAACAAGUGAUCAGAACGAGCUAAUGGCUCAUACAUGGCUGCAUCCCUGGCUUCCUAUUUUAGGUGAUUUAUUGGAACCGUUUUGGACUGAAGUACGUCGUAAACUAGAAUACUGCUGGAAAAAUUGGAAUCCAAAAGAUCAUACCCCGUUACAAGUAAUCAAGCUCUGGACUCCAGUGUUUUCUAAAGCAGAUCUGGAGCAUAUACUGACUACAUGUAUUCUUCCAGCACUGAUUGUUCAUCUUCGAACAGAAUUUAAAUUAUCACCAGCCAAUCAAGAUCUUGGACCACUUUUGCAUGAUGUUUUUCCAUGGUGUCAUGUUAUUCCACCAGCACUGUUUUCGCAUCUGAUUGCGACCGAGUUUUUUGCACCGUGGUGUCGCAUGUUGUGGACAUGGAUAGCAAGCCCGAGUGCCAAUUUGGAAGAAGUAUCAAAUUGGUAUGUGAGUUGGAAGAAUGUAUUUGAGGAAGCAGAAGGUGGGUCUAUUCGAUCCUUGCCUUGUGUAGCAGAUGGAUGGCGUACGGCUUUGGAUAUGAUGAAUCAAGGUGUUGCGUUACGCGCUGAUGAUGGAUCUAGUACCAAGAUACCAACCAUGCCCACGCUCCCUGCGUCCAUGCAUCCACUGAGGGCCCAAUCUGGUAAAGCCACAGCAUAUGGAGAAUCGACGAGCGCAGGAAAACUCACACAAGCAGUAUCGACAGUAUCACAGACGCCUCAACUCAGUUUCCAAGAUUAUGUAGAAGUAGUUGCGUCUGAACAUAAUGUGGUAUUUGUACCAGCACUUCGUGAUCAUGCAGAAAGUGGUAAACCAAUUUAUAGAUUGGGUAAAAAGCUGAUGGUUUACAUUGAUAACGGAGUGUUGUUUGUAUUGGAAAUGACUGGUGAAUCUGGACAAAAAGAAUGGCGACCAAUAUCAGUUGAAAAUGCCAUUUCAAUGGCCAACCAAUAA